AUGGGAACCCGCGGUGACAUGUAUCCACUGGGGCUCUGCAUCGCCCUGUGCCUGUGGGACACCGUGGCCCAGAAUCAUGGGGUACAAGGUACCACUGGGGACUGCAACAGCCAUAUUCUGUGCCCAGCAAACGCCAAGUGUGUGAACAGCACCCACUGCACCUGCCUGGAUGGAUACCAGCCAAGGGGGAAUCACUUCUUCACCGACACAACGGAGACCUGUGACGAUAUUAACGAGUGUCUGGGGCUGAGCCAGGCAGACUGCGGACACAAUGCAAACUGCAAAGACGUGCCUGGGAGUUACUACUGCACCUGCAUCGAUGGCUACGAGCCCAGCUCUGGGAAAGCCAAGUUCACGCACGCGAGUGAGAACAGCUGCCAGGACAUCAACGAGUGCAACAAGACCCGAGCUGUCUGUGGCCCCAACGCCAUGUGUAUCAACACCAUCGGGAGCUACCGGUGUGAGUGCUGGGCCGGCUACGUCCCCUCCACCAGGAACACAACCCUGUGCCAAGUCCCCAGCAUUAACUCCAGCACUGAGUUCGAGGGAAUCAAAGAGACGUGCAGGAAUUUCUCUCUGCAGGGAAAGUGGAGCAGCAGUUUUUGCUCUUUCUUUAAUUCAACGUUAGACAUUUUGAUGUCCACGUGUGGAGACGGGAGUGUGACGUUAUCACUGGAGAACGUGACUCUCCGUUUCAAUGCCCUCCUGAACAGCACCUCCCUCUGGGAUGGCGGAGACAAGUGGGAGGUGGGGUCGGCCGUGACGGUCCUGCUGCAGAGCGUGGAACUGGCCGCGCUGGCCACUGCGCUCCGGUCUCCGGAGAGGACAACACAGAACGUGACGACAGAGUCUCUGGCGAUCCAGACGCGGCUCGUCACAGGGAACUGCAGCCAGCACAGCGAGGUCUUCACGCUGAGCGCUCACGAGGAGACGAUGGACGUGCACUGUGCUACAGUCACCGGGGCAGCCACACAAGGUUUGGGGGCUGCUGCUUUUAUUUCUUACUCCACUUUGGACUCCAUCAUCAGUGCGAAACGUCUCAGCGAGGGAAAUCUACCAGCUGGUGGGAAGCUGGAGAAGAGUCACCUCAACUCCAGGGUGGUGAGUGGGGCCGUCAGAGACGGGAGCCCCGUUCACCUCUCCAGACCCGCAAACUUCACCCUGCGCCACAGACAGGCCAAAAAAGAGGAGGAAGAGGCUCUCUGCGUCUACUGGAAAGUGGUGGCCGAGAGCAGCAGCUGGUCUUCGGACGGCUGCACUGCCGUGCACACAAACAGCACUCACACCACCUGCAGCUGUGACCAUCUCUCCAGCUUCGCCGUCCUAAUGGCUCCCACCACAGUGAUGGUAUCUCACCGUGAGACUCGGAGUUACUCACUGACCAUCAUCACCUACGUGGGACUGACCCUCUCCCUGCUGUGCCUUUUCCUGGCCAUCCUCACCUUCCUCCUGUGCCGCUCCAUCCGCAACAUCAGCACCUCCCUCCACCUGCAGCUCUGCCUCUGCCUCUUCCUGGCCGACCUGCUCUUCCUCACCACGGUGACCCGCACUGGCAAUCGGGUGGUGUGUGCUGUCAUUGCUGGCCUCCUGCACUACCUCUUCCUGGCCUGCUUCAGCUGGAUGUUCCUGGAGGGGCUGCACCUCUUCCUCACCGUCAGGAACCUGCAGGUCGUGAAUUACACCAGCGCCAGCCGGUUCAAGAAGAGAUUCAUGUACCCGUUCGGCUACGGAUUCCCAGCCCUGGUGGUGGCUAUUUCUGCAGUGGUGAAUCCUAGUGGCUACGGAACUUCCACACACUGCUGGCUUAGCCCGGAGAGAGGCUUUCAUUGGAGCUUCCUGGGUCCAGUCUGUGCCAUAAUCAUGAUAAAUAUAACGUUCUUUGCCCUGACCCUGUGGAUCCUCAGAAACAAACUCUCCUCCCUCAAUGCAGAUGUGUCCACCCUCAGAGACUACAGGUUACUGACCUUUAAAGCCAUUGCCCAGCUCUUCAUUCUGGGUUGCUCAUGGAGCCCGGGUCUCCUCCAAUUCGGCCCAGCAGCCACUGUCAUGGCAUAUUUAUUCACCAUCGUCAACAGCCUGCAGGGAGCCUUCAUCUUCCUGGUGCACUGUCUCCUCAAUCGCCAGGUGAGAGAGGAGUACAGGAGAUGGAUCAAGGGAUUCCGAAUGUUCAGCACGAAAUCUCAGACAUCCGAUCUGUCCAUGUCUGCUGUCCCCACCACCAGCACCAACACGUUGCUGUCCUUGGUCAGUGAAGCCCCAAGGUUCAGAAGUUCAUCUGCAGAGUUCACCUCCCAACCCGGGUGGAAGAGGGGGAGACCUGAACACGAGUUAGAUGUAGCCAAGAUGCCAGGGCUCAAUGCAAUUCAGCCUACCUAA